AUGUCCAUCAGCGUGUUGGCUGUUUCUGCUUGGAUGAGGGACUAUCUAAAUAAUGUUCUGACUUCAACUGCAGAAACAAGGGUAGAGGAGGCGGUCGUCGUGACUUAUUUUCCUGUAGUUCAUCCGGUCAUGAUUGCUGUUUGCUGUUUCCUGAUCAUCGUGGGGAUGCUAGGAUACUGUGGAACAGUAAAAAGAAAUCUGUUGCUUCUUGCGUGGUAUUUUGGAAGUUUACUUGUCAUUUUCUGUGUAGAACUGGCUUGUGGUGUUUGGACAUAUGAGCAGGAAAUUAUGGUUCCAGUAGAGUGGUCGGACAUGGUCACUUUGAAAGCCAGAAUGACAAAUUAUGGCCUACCGAGAUAUCGGUGGCUUACUCAUGCUUGGAAUUUUUUUCAGAGAGAGUUCAAGUGCUGUGGAGUUGUCUAUUUCACCGACUGGCUGGAAAUGACAGAGAUGCACUGGCCGCCAGAUUCCUGUUGUGUUAGGGAAUUCCCAGGAUGUUCCAAACAGGCCCACCAGGAAGAUCUCAGUGACCUUUAUCAAGAGGGUUGUGGGAAGAAAAUGUAUUCCUUUUUGAGAGGAACCAAACAACUGCAGCUGCUCAGGUUUCUGGGGAUCUCCAUUGGUGUGACACAGAUCCUGGCCAUGAUUCUUACCAUUACUCUGCUCUGGGCUCUCUACUACUAUAGAAGAGAGCCUGGGACAGACCAAAUGAUGGCUGCAAAGAAUGACACCACUCAGCACCUGCCUUGUCACUCAGUGGAACUGUUGAAACCAAGCCUGUUGAGGAUCUUUGAACACACAUCCAUGGCAAACAGCUUUAACACACACUUUGGGAUGGAAGAAUUAUAG